AUGGCGAUAAACAUCUUUUACGGCAGACAACGCCGCUUCGUGUCUCGUCGCUUGACCUAUCUCAUUCUCGUUCUCAUUGUCUUCGCCUACUCAACCCUGACCCUACUGUCCCCAAAUGCCGCCCAAACCGAUGUUGCCGAAGAUGCCGCAAAAGCAGACGCUUCUAGCAAGAUCAAGACUUCUGUCGAUGGCAUCCGCCACUCGCUCAAGAAGGGCGUGACAGAGCUGAAUCCGUUUCGUGGUCCUGCCCAUCCACCACCGACUCGAGCACAAGAUUCAUACCAAGGUACUUCUUGGUGGGCUGAUUGGAAGUGGUUGUCUGUGCCGUUCUCCAGCUCCCUCACCCUUGAUGAGGACAGAGCACUGCUUCCCCCGCUCCAGGAUCGCCCAUUCAUUUAUUGCUACUACGAUGCAACGGUUAAGAAAUCGAGGGAAGAAAAAGAUGCUGACAGUGAUCUUCUUCUAACGUGGCGUCGCGCUUGGUGGGCUCAAGGUUUCCGACCAACCAUUUUGGGAUCCUCCGAAGCGACUGGAAAUCCGAUGUAUCAGGAACUUCAACGGCUUGAGGUUCAGCCCGAACUAAAAGCCGACCUCAUGAGAUGGCUCGCCUGGCAAUCAAUGGGCACUGGCAUGUUGGUGGAUUAUACACUGCUUCCAAUUGCACACACUGAGGAUCCUCUCUUGGUUUUCCUCCGAAGAGGAGAAUAUCCUGCCAUGACCAGGUGGAAAGGUCUCGAAAGUGCACUCUUCGUAGGUCCCAAGGAAGAGGUCACAAAGACUAUCCGGAAAGUGAUGGACUCGCCCACACUGAAAGCUGCUAAAAGUGUUAUUGAUGCAUCAACAAAGAACGACUUCAAGGUCGACAAAGCACAAACUGCACUGGUACAUUAUAGCCCUGAAAUCAUCAAAAAGCAAUACCCAAAGGUCCAUGACAGCAUCGCUAAUGGAAGGGCAAGAGGGUUAGGAGCUCUCAAUCGGCUUAUUAACGCCCAUCUUCACGCUGCAUGGCAGAGUAGUUUCCCCGAGGGCAUUGAGGUCCUCAAGCCAUUUCCUGAGCACACUACUGAGAUGGUCACCCCGGCCUUGAAGCUUGCCGACUCCCUAGCCUUCUGCCCAGACAACCCCAUCCCGUCAUCAUGCCCUCCUGGCGUUACAAGCUGCGCACACUGUGCCGCUGGCACCACAUCUAUGAAGGUCACUACCCCUGAGCAAUAUCAGAAUACGAGUGGUGCGUUUGCAAUUGGGACAGUUCCUCAUCCUUGGACCCUUGCGACUUUGACAAGCCUCAAGGAGAGGGUGGACGUUAGUUGGAUCCGUAAGGAGGCACCUCGAGACCCUUGGCUUGAGACUAUCACAAAAGUGCUUUUGGGCUCAAAGGUCUCCAGCAAUUCCCGAAUCAUGCACUUCAAACAGGCUGUGGGCGAUGAACAUGCCCCAACUCAUGCACUGUGGUUGUCGGCUGAAGCUGAUAUUCCCCCAGAUCUGGAGUGGUACUUUGGAUUCCGUAUUCCCAAGGGUUUAGGAGAGACAUAUAUGGCUAUGAAUGGCAAAGUCGAGCAAGGACCCAUGCUAGGAAAGACCAAGGCUGAUAAACCGGCAAAGGCGGAGCGUGCCCUAAAGGCUGAUGUCGACACAAGGCCUGAAAAGCCUCAGCCUCGACCAGAGGAUACGCCAAAGGAGAAAGAACUCACGCCGAAGGAAAUGCAGGCCAAAGAAAAGUCCCUCCUGGACCGUGCCAAGAAGAUUGUUGCGCUCAAGAAAUCGACCGUUGACACUCGACUACGAGCAUCGCUUGAGGCUUGGAACUUGGCAGACACAGAAGCCUGGAAGUUCGCGCGCGCUUUCCUCGCACGUCGCAGCAUGGAACGGAUCGAGUGGGAGAAAGAAGAAUCCAAGUAUAGCGGCGGUACUGGCUCUGAGAAGGGUCGUAAUGCUUGGAGUCGUUGGAAGGAUUCGAAAGAGCGAGAGUAA